CAGUUUCGCAGAAAGCAGUUUAACUUGCCUAUCAAUUUGGACAAAGCUUUAUGGGAUAUCAAAAAAUCCCAUAAAUAUGAUAAAAUCCAUUAAUGAGAAAAUUAAGGAAUUUUUUCAGGAACGAAAUCAAGGAUUUAAAAACAGCAAAGAAGAUGAGGAGUGGUCAUUUGCUGCAUAUUGGUUUUUAAGAAUUCUACACCAGACUGGUUGUUUUUUGUGGUAUGUUAUUGUUUCAAUGGGCCACUGGGGUAAGGGAAAACCGAUCCCAUCGAUCAAAAAUGAUUUAUUACUAUUGUCGGCAACGAAGAUAGCUGAAGAAAUUCGCAAUGGAAAAAUUACGAGUGAAGAAGUUGUCAAAGCAUACAUCGAAAGAAUAAAUGAAGUUAAUCCAUACAUUAAUGCUGUGGCGGAAAACCGAUUUGAAAAAGCUGUUAAGGAGGCAAAAGAGUGCGAUUAUCUUGUGAAAUCAGGAUUUUAUACAAGAGAGUGGUUAGAAAAACAAAAGCCACUCCUUGGCGUUCCAGUUACAAUUAAAGUUCUUUUUAAAGUUAAAGGAUGCCAUAGUACUGCAGCUUCGACUUUAUUUAAAGAUCUUAUAGCUACUGAAGAUGCACCCGCUGUAGAAUUAUUAAAAUCAUCUGGGGCAAUAAUAUUGGCUACCACGAACUCUGCUGAAAGUGGAUUAGGAUUGGAUACAACAAAUAUUCUCUACGGAAAGACUUUAAAUCCGUAUGACUGUAAUCGAACACCUGGUGGGAGUUCGGGAGGCGAAAGUGCACUCAUAAGUUCCGCUGGCUCUGUAAUUGGACUAGGAAAUGAUCUAUUAGGAAGUGUGCGAAUUCCAGCAUGUUUCACAGGUUUAUUUGCUCAUAAGCCAUCUAGAGGUUUGGUCCCAAAUCAAGGAUGUUUUCCCACUGCAACAGAAGGAGUUUCGCCGUACCUUGCAAGUGGUCCAUUAUGCAGGUAUGCUGAAGAUCUCGCAACUAUGAUGGAAGUUCUCACAUCAAAGAACGAUAAAAGAAUGAAAUUUAAUAAACCCGUGGAUUUCAAGAAGAUGAAGAUUUAUUAUCAAACGAAAGUUUAUCAUCCAUUGGUGGAAACUUUAGAUAAAGAAAUUUUGAAUUACAUAAUGACAGCAAUCAGUCAUUUUAUUAAAAAUUAUGGUGUGGUAGCCAAAGAAGUGGAUAUAAAAAUGGACCUAGCACCCAAUAUGUUCCAACAUAUCUUAACUAAAAUCACUGAACCUGUUUCUUAUUCAACUUCAGGGAAGAUGAGUGAAGUCAACUUACCUUUAGAGUUACUAAAACUUCCUUUUGGAAAAUCAAACUUCAGUUUCUGGACUUUAUUUACUUUUGUAUUUUCACGUAAUCCUCUGAUAUACAAAGAAGAAAACAUUCCUUUCUAUAUUGAAUACCAAAGUGAAUUGUACAAAAAGUUCGACAGUAUGCUGGAUGAAAACUCUAUUUUUAUAUGUCCUACUUUGCUCUUCACAGCACCUCGACCAUACCAAAUGAUGAUGUAUUUCUAUAGUAUAGUAUGGGCAGCUAUAUUCUCUUUUCUUGGCUUUCCUGCCACUCAGGUUCCAAUGGGAUUGACUCAAUCUGGCCUGCCUCAUGGAAUGCAAAUAGUAACGGCUAUGAACAACGACAAUUUGAGUUUAGUUUGCGCAAAAGAACUCAGUGAAGUAUUUGGAGGGUGGACAGCACCAAGUUGAUUAUCCUCUACUGCAGGGAUGGGCAAACUACGGCCCGCGGGACAACUGUGGCCCGCCGGAAGGUUUUAUCCGGCCCGCGGAUGUAAUUAUAACUUGCCAAUUCAUGACGAAUAUAAACAAUGUACAUCCAUUUUCUUUUCUACUUUGUUUAAAGCUUUUUUUGUUAUUUCUUUUUUAACAAA